AUGAAGUUCUUUCUCAUAUGUACUCUGAUCGGAAUCAUUUCAAUCGACGCAAACACAUUUACGACAGUUUCACAUCGAACAAAGAAUGUUUUCGCACUUUUGAUUAUUGAUGUUCAAUACUGCUUUAUUAAUGGUUCAUUAGCAUUAUCAAAUAGUCCUGCUCAACACAAUGGUGCUGAUGUUAUUCCAUCGAUCAAUCAUUUAAUUCAAACAGCACCAUUCGAUGUCAUUACUUAUUCAUUAGAUUGGCAUCCAGUUAAUCAUAUAUCGUUUAUUGAUAAUCUUCACGAUCGGAGAGAAUAUUUAACCGAUGAAAAGCAUCAAACUUCGAAAGUGUUUGACAAAGUUACUUAUACUGGUCCAAAACAUGAAACCGAACAAGUUCUAUGGCCAACGCAUUGCGUAGAAAAUACGAAAGAAGCUCAAUUACAUGACGAUCUUAUUCAUUUACCAGAAAGUCCAAACGUAAUUUACAUUCGCAAAGGAACUGACCCGGAUAUCGACAGUUACUCGGCAUUUGCUGAUAAUAAUCGAAAUCACAUGACUCCAUUACAUAAAAAAUUACAAUCUCAAAACGUCACACAUGUGUUUGUCACUGGUUUAGCUUUGGACUAUUGUGUAGGAUCAACAGCCAUCGAUGCAGCUCUAUUUAAUUACAAAACGUAUGUCAUCGAAGAUGCAUGUCGAGGUGUUGAUCAACGAUCCAUCAAUGCACGAUACACUCAAUUCCUAGAUUAUGGAAUUCAAGUCGUUCAUUCGAAUGAAGUCAUGGAUAUCAUGGACGAUAUAAACAAUACAUGUUUCUGA